AUGCAGACAUGUACUGGAAUAGUUAAAUUGCCAACGGACGGCGGAAGCGUAGAAGACCUUGCACCCAGAAUCGAGUCCAUCCUCCAUACAGUACAUGCGACCAUUUCCGAAGGGCUACCCAAGGCCACAGCCAUUCUAACUCGACUCCAAAAUAAACUUGCGUCCUCAAUAUCUCACUCUCCCGAAGAGAUUAUGGUAGAAAUUUUCACGAAUUUCAUUUUCGAUGAUGGUGGCCCGGACUUAUUCACUAUUCGGCCAAUGGACCAACGUGUAUGGCUCAUCUAUGACCUUUUACAUACUUUACGUGGCGUCUGUUCCGCAUGGAGAGAUAUCAUAAUGGAUAGGGGAUCUCUAUGGUCGGUGAUACCCAUGAUUCGAACCCGGUCUCACGGAGAAAUAGCGCCCUAUGAAUUUAGCCUGCAAAGAGCGGGAAAGGGCAUGCUACAUCUGGCGGCAUUCCACCGUUGCUUUGUGUUUUGGGAGAGAGAUUUCACGAAGCUCAUAUCCGAAUACGGGCCACAACUGCGUACCAUUAACAUCAUCCUGAAUAAUACUCACUUGGAGACUGUCAGAGAAACCGUCUGCACGCUACUAGAUCAUGAUCUCACUGGAUCUCUGUCUGGAUUCUCCGUUGCACUCGAAGAGCUGCGAUUCAAGCAUCGUAAAGAUAGUGACCACCACGACUGGGACUAUACGGUCCCAGAAUUUCCUAGAGAGUUUGAUUAUCUUUUCCCUUGCGAUUCUCCCCAACAUACUUCCUUUGCACUGCUUUUGAAGUCACUGGUAGUCUUUCGCAUCAAAAACGUUCUCCUUCAUUGGGAGCAUAUUAGCUUUUCCUCUCGGCUUACAGAGCUUCAUAUACAAAGCAUUAAACUCGGAUAUGACGAUGCAAUUGUUCCAUUCGUACAGACUCUCUCUUCUGCUCCCGAGCUACGCGUUCUAAAGGUUAUCGAAGUCGAGACGUUCCGUAAUAUUAGUAAAUCGCCUAAGGUAUCUGCCCUCAUACCUGUUGAACUUCCAAAGCUCCAGACCUUGAUCCUUUAUAACUUGUACUUCAACACUUUCAAUAUUGUACUUCGUAUGAUUGCCCCCGGCAAACACCGAUUGAGCCUGGGCCUCGAUAGUGCAAGUUUCGAGACUAACCAGCCCCCAGGAGUUGCGGCUGAUGAUUUUAGUAACUCUCAUAUCAGUGGUGAUGAAGACAUGGAUGUCGAUGGCGGUGAUAACCCAAUUAACAUUUCCGAGCUGCUGAAUGCUCUUGGAACGACCCAUGUUGACAAGUUACGAUUGGAAGCACCAUAA